UGAACAUAACAUUGUACUAUCAUGUUUGCAGCGUAUCUUGUCGUCUGUCCAUUUGUAUCCCUCUUUUAUCAUAGUCCAUUUUAUUAUUUUACAUUCCAUCACCAUCGCCAUCACCGUUUUCUGUGCACUGAAAAUAUAUUACUUGAGCCGAGACUAACAAAACAAAAUUCUAGAGCGACAACACGAAUAUAUUUCCUCAAAAGUCCUAAAAUCUCUCAAGAUGAGUGGUGGCUUAGCUCCUAGUAAAAGCACCGUUUACGUCUCAAAUUUACCAUUCACUCUUACCAACAAUGAUCUCCAACAAAUCUUUGGGAGAUUUGGACAGGUUGCCAGAGUUACUAUAGUAAAAGAUAAAGAGACCAGGAAAAGCAAAGGACUUGCAUUCGUUCUCUUUGUAGAGAGAGAUUCUGCAUACAAGUCCAUCAAGUCUCUGAAUGGGAGAGAGUUGUUUGGUCGUAAAUGGAAGGUGUCUAUUGCAGAUGAUAAUGGCAGAGCUGCAGAUUUCAUUCGCAGAAGAAACUAUCCAGAUAAAUCAAGAUGCUACGAGUGUGGGGAGUUUGGUCAUCUCAGCUAUAGUUGCCCAAAGAAUACACUAGGAGAUAGAGAACCGCCUCCUAAGAAAGAGAAGAAGAAGAAAAAGGAUCAAGAGGAAUCUUCAAAUCUGAAGAGAAAGUACUAUGAUGAUGACGAUGAAGGAGAUUAUGAGGAUAGUGACGAUGAACAAGAGGGUGAAGAUCCCAAAUUAGAGAGCUUACAUGCUGCAAUUAGCAGUCAGAGGGAAAAGACUGAGGAGGAAGAGUAUCGGCACAUAGUAGCCUCUGGUAGUUAUGACCUUGCUUCGAGCAGCUCGCAGCCAAUGGUCAAAAGACCCAAGGUGAAGAAGAAUGCAUAUUUCAGUGAUGAGGAUGAAAUCAGUGACUGAGACAGCGAGUCUGAAUGAUCAAAGCUCAUGCUGCAAGGUUCUCAUGGUGUUAUGUAACAACGUCCAGAGAUGGCCUGCUGUUCCCGCACUGGAAGGCUAAUCAGGAACGUCCGGAAAUCCUGAUGAGGUCUGGAAUGGCUUCUGAUCGUGCAAGAUUAGAGCAGAGAUGCUGAUUAAAGACAUGUCAUCGCGGGUUCUUAUAGGGACUUUGAGACCAUUUUGGUUUUUACCUGUUAAUAGGUGUAAUCUAUCUCCAAGAGUGAACUUCACUUCCACCAACAGGUCUGUGUAAAGCACAGACCCUUCGACAUUUAAGGACCCGUAAGGAAAUCUCCCUCACACAAAUGUUCUCCUAGUCUAGAAGGCAAGACCAGUAAGUUUCUUGUGGGACAGUGGGACAGCUGUGUGCAAUACUUAUGUACCGGUAAUUCGGUAAACAUUAAUUUGACGUAUUGUGGGGGUAUAAAGCGAAUCUUGAUGCAGUACCCAUGGAGACUGCUGACUGUAUGCCUUUAACACUAUAGAUUUCUUGCCUGAGCCUGAACUGAAGAGUAUGGCAUUUGCUCACUCGUCUUAAGUAUCGACCUUGGUUCUUAGGUGAGCAAGAGUGAAUAUUCCAGGUUACAAGAUUCCAAGAAAAUGAUACAUGGAUUAUGGAAAAUUACAGUUAAAAACUAAAUUAUUCA